UUCAGUGUUUUACACCACUUCCUGUUUCUUCCACAGGCCAGAGCAGCCGGUGGUAUAAAGGGUCUGUUUCACAGAAACCCAAAGCAGGCUUCCCUGGACAGCCAUGCUGUUGUGCAUCCCGGCCGUAAGCACCCGUUCGGUGCCCACCUCCUGCGCCGCACCGCCAGCGCCCCCACCAGAGGCCAGCCCAAAGUUAAGAAGGGCUUCCCUGAGCUCGCCAUCGACACCAAAGAUUACAGCUCGGAGGGGGCAAGUGAGGAGCGGGAGUCUGAGGACAGAGACAAGGCAUCUGCGGCCACAUCUUACCAGUUCACUCCUUCACCACAGCAUCAUAUCGGUGAAUCGGUGGACCCCCACCAAGCCAAGGGCUCCUGGGACCGUCCUGACACGAACGGAGCUCUCCACCCAGAGGAGAGCAAAGACUCUUCCAUGGUGCAGGAAUCAAGCUCCCCUCCUCGCAUUCCUUCACUAAAAGGGGGAAAUCCCAGUAGCAGCUGUCUGAUCCGCUCUGCCUCCAGUCCAGAGCAAAGCCUGUCACCGCAUCACUCCACUCCUACACCGCUGCAUCCACCAUCAGCUGUUCCUUCAGCCUCUACAGCCGGCAGUUCCCUGUAUGGCGCAGCGUACAGCGCCACUAAAGUCAGCAGAGACGUUAAAGUCUCCACCUCUUUCCCUCCCAACAGUCCUGUAGAGAUGGCUGAACCGUCUCUGUCCCCCCGAGUCGCCCGGGCAACCAGAGGCGCCUUGGAGGAGAAGAUACCAGAACGGAGGAAAACCCCAGAAACUCUCGCUCCAGGAGAAAAAAAGCCUCAUCAAAGAGCAGAGCCCCCAGGUGAAACACGGCCGCCGGGAAGCCUGGGGCCCCCGGCUGCUCAGCCUCCCCAGGCCAGGAGAGCUCUCUUCAGCUCCCCGCCACAACCUGUCCCAGUAAGACGGGCAAAGAGCGAAGGGCACGUUCUGGGGGAGGGAGCCAAGCCGGCCCAGUCGGCUGUACCAGAGGUCUGUACAGACGCCACCAUGAACGACCGGCUCUGGAGCAAACUGGAGCCCGGCAGCCACCGGGACAGCAUGUCCUCGUCCUCCAGCAUCUCCUCCAACGAUACGGUGAUCGACCUGUCUCUACCUAACCUGGCCAGAAGGAGCCUGUGCGUUCUGCCCAGUCCCAGUAACGGCUGCGACGCCUCCUGGAUGGACUGCCGCCGCGCCGUGCCGCCUCCCUGCGACACGGUGAGGGUCAGCAAGAGCAAAUCCAACCCCAACCUUCAGCAAAAGAGCUGUCCCAAAGACGAGCUUAAGCCCCGACCACUGCAGCCAGCCCAGAAUGGCGCAGACGAGUCACCUGGCAGACUGACCCAGAGAAGGCACACCUGGUGCCGGCUUUACAUGGAAGGACUCAAGCAGGCGUCGCCCAAAAGGCCGAGCGGCGCUGCAACCUCAGCUGAGUCCAUGUCAAAAAGCCUCGGAGACCUGACCUCUGAGGACAUCUCCUGCAACUUUGACAGCAAGUACCGCAGCAUCAGCCGCAGCUUCAUUGUACGGCCCAGCAGAGAUGUUGUCCGUAAGGGCAGCGCUCCGAGGAGCCGGCCGCAGAGCGACCUGACGGAGCAGCUGCGCAGGCUGACCGACGUGGAGCCGCUGACUCCCUGUGACUUCAUCCCGGAGGGCGGAGCCAGAGGCGUGGGGGGGCAGGAGGCCGAGGAGGCGCUGGUGAGACGGACCUCCUCCAGGAGCCAGAGCAGGGUCCGCUACAUCGCCAACAGGGCCAAACAGGCCCAGGAAAGGAAGCGGCUGCAGGGUUUGCUCCAGGCCAGGAGUGCUAGCUUCAGCUUCACUGGGAGCACCGAGAGCACUGGCAGUGGAGUUGCUGGUCCCAUGGAGGAGCGCGGGAACCCAGAGGGAGCGUGCUCCGUGGGCCAGAGUCCCUGCAGCAGCCUGGACCUGCUGAGUCAGCUGGAGCCCCCCUCCCAUGUACAGCCCCCCAUGACAGCUGACAGCACCCAACUGUUCUUCAGGCUGCAGCUCUGAGAACGGGCCGACUUGGAACUGAUGGUGGGAGACGCAGCUAGAAACUUGUUUUGAAUCCAUUUCCUCCGAAUUUUUUUUUUUUUUACACGUUAUAUAUGCCGGUUUCUCCCAGCAGACCGUCUCACCAAGCAGCAGAGCAUCUGUUCCCGUCUCAGUUGAACUCAAACGACCAUCACUAGUAGAAACCAGGAGGUGCUUUUCCACAGCAGGAACUGGGAGGCAGGGAUGAGCCCCGCCCCUCUGCUCACCUUCCCAUCGCUAACUUCCUGGUUCAAGCUUACACACUGAGGAUGCAGAUUCUGUAAUACUGUUCUCACCGGUCACACUGUCGCCCUGCAGAAGGUUCUGGUUGCCCCCCCACACACAUACACACACACACCGUUCUCUUCACCAUCCCCUUACCUGGUACAGUUUCUUCUACAGCAACAGGCUCUGCCCUGUGGAAGUUGGAAAAUGGACUUUAGUGAAAAGUUUUUAUAUAAUACAUUAACUCAUAUUUGUGUUGAAUCUGACCUGCUCUCAUGUUUCUGUAUUUUUUUAGACAUGACCUCACAGUAGCAAUAGAUACUAGAGAAUAGGAUUUUAAUACUUUUUUUAAUUUGCUUGAACUUUUUAGAUAUAAAUUAGGUUGUUUACGUGGAGGCAUUACCAACCCAUUAUUAUUAGCAAUAUUUUGAACAUGAUAGCAUGUCAUGAAGAAAAAUGUAGUUUGAUGCUGACAGUUGUCUUUGCUGAAAAAGAUGGACUGGUUUUUCAAUGCAGGAUUGAAAACGUCGAGUUUUUUUUUUUUUUUAAAGGACUAAUUCUAGCCGUUCUGUUGUAAAUUCGGAGGACUUCGGUUACAACAGAACUGGAGUCCGGUUCUCUUCUGUUGACUGUAGUCUGUGGCAUGUCCAGGCGCCGACACCCUGUUCUUUAACUGAGCAGCUUUGACCAGGCCCUUUAUGUUGACCGCAUGCCAUUUUAAGCACACUACUGAUUUCCUCCAUUUUAACAAUGUUUUUUAUAUGAAGAUUUAAGAUUUUAGCCGCUUUUCAGAUCACCUCGUGUUGGGGAGCAGGGCAUUGCGUCCGGAUCCCUGUUUUCGUUUCUCCGUGCUACUAAAGGAAGAUGGGAAUGAUGUUGUUUGUUCCGUUUGCCCUGCCGUCCAAGUUCUUUGAGCAGAAACUCUCAAGACAAUAUUGAGUUCAAACAAUGUGUAAUUAUGACAUGAAUAAAACUCAGAUAACACUGAAACGCUUCGCA